AUGGAAAAUGAAAAAGCAUCAUUGGAUCCUCGUGUCACUGUGAAUUUGGUUAUGCACAACUAUACAACAAGUGUAAACAAAAACAAAGCCAUUGAAUUAAGUAAUUACUUUAGUUCUUUGUUAUCUGGUAAUUUUUCUGAUCACAAUCUCAAGGAACACCAAAUAAAUUAUGACAUUUCCAUUAAAAUAUUUAAGACUUACAUCGAUUGGAUCGAGAAUGCACAGUCAGAAAAUUAUCCAACUAUUUAUUCGGAGCCUGAAAAAAGUUUGAAAAAUGUAGCCGAUGACUACUACGGUUUAUUGGAACUAUUAAUGACGAGCAUAAUUUUCAUGAGCGAACAAUUAACUUGUCAACUAAGUCGAAUAAUAAUAACAAGAUGGCUUGAUCCUGACAAGUCUCUUGACAUCUGGAACUUUGCUCAAGACCACGGCUUGUGUACUUUGAAAGACGUCGCCUUUGAAGUUUGCCUAGACAGAUUUUCUGAACUUCCUUACUUAAAAUUGAUGAUGCUGCCAACUGAUAAAUUCAUUGAAUUAGUAACAAAUUCUUAUAUCAAUGACAAUACAUAUCGCCGUCAAUCAUUGAUUUUAGAUUUUUUGAAGUUGAAUGAUGAUUAUUUGAACACAAUACCUAAGCCAAACUCGCAAUGCUUUGUCACUUAUAAGUUAAACGACACAGAAAAAAAACAGUACUGUGUUUAUUGUCUGAAUGAUCGUGAGCUCGUGGAACUUGUUGACUUCGAGCCAAUGUUUAAGUAUUUAGACGGUGGAUACGAAGUUGUGGGUCGUAGAAUUGUUGGCAGAAGAUUCAGUAUUUAUAUGAUUGGUGGUGAGAAAGGACUAGGAACUGGACGAUUCAUUAAAUCUAUCUGGCGUUAUUGUUUGAUUUCACGUACUUGGUAUUACGUGACUGAAUUGUGCACUCCACGGCGACACAUGAUUGCAGAAUUUUUAGACCAAAAUCUUUAUUUGAUGGGCGGAGUUGGAAAUUUUAGAGUAAAACUUUCAUCAGUAGCUAUUUUGAAUGUUCAUACUAAUGAGUGGCAUGAAGGUGAAAAAAUUCCUGAAGUAUUUACUGAAAUACCUCCCUCAUGUGUAUCGGCCGGGCGAAUCAUUUAUUAUUCAACAAAAUUUUACGUGUUCAAUCAGGAAAAGAACGGUUGGAAGAUGAUUCCUUCAUAUAAUUCUGAACCAUGUUAUGCGCUGACUGGUGAUCCUGUUUCACCAGAAGUUUACAGUUUUUACAGUUCUUAUCAACCAUCUUUAAAUUCUUCAUAUCCCAAUGAUGAGAUUAUCAAGAUACAGUAUUCCUCAUUGGCAUUUAAUUAUCAACCAAAUGCUAAGAAUGAUCAUACAAAAAUAUUUUAUGAAAAACGGGAAUGUUCCAGACAUAUUUUUAAUAAACCAUUAUUGGUAAGUUUUCGUUGUACAGAUGAUAAAAUCUUCAUUGAAAAAAGGAAAAUAGAUGUCGAUCCGAAGGACAUAAAUUUCAAAGUUAUUGAUAGUUUUUAUCAGCAAGUUGAUAACAUAAAUACGUCAUUGUUUAGUUACCAACUUGGGUGCUUUAAUAUUAUCAAUCCUGAUACUUUGUACAAUUAA